AUGACCUCUGCCCACUUCAGAGCCAUCAUCGUCGGCGGCGGCCCCGUCGGCCUCACGGCUGCCCACGCGCUUUCACGAACCGGCAUCGACUUUCUGGUGCUGGAACGCCGUCCGAACAUGGUCGUCGACGCCGGAUCCAACUUGGUCCUGCUCCCCAUGGCUCUACGAACGCUGUAUCAGCUGGGCCUGCGCAGCACUCUCGAGAGUGUCAGCUCGCCGCUCGGGACUAUCCACCGCAUCGACCACCACGGCCGUCCGCUUGGGGACAUGAAGUGGUUUGACUUCGGUGCCCAUCCACGAGUCAUUAGUCGACACCAUCUCAUGCAGUCACUGUACGAGGGUCUGCCGUCCGACGCCGAGGCCAAGAUGCUGCCCAACAAAAAGGUAUCCAGCAUUCACAAAACCUCGGACGGCGUUCUCGUCAACUGUGCCGACGGCACUGCAUACGCCGGAUCCAUCGUCAUCGCUGCCGACGGCGCCCACAGCCUCAUCAGGGACUGCAUGCGCAACCUAGCCCUCGAAGCAGGUUCGCCAGACAUCAAUGGCGAGGAGCCAUUCUUGACCACCUACAGAGCACUCUGGAUCCGCUUUCCCGCCUCCAUCUCGUCUGGUCUGCAGGCCGGCACCAUAUGCGAGACCCACGGCCGCAACCUCGCCACUCAGCUGUUCGCCGGCCAAGACACAGCCGUCAUCGGCGUAUACGAACGACUCGACAAGCCGACCCGGGAGCGCAUUCGCUUCACCGAGUCGGACCAAGACGACUUGAUCCAACGCUGGGGGGACUUGCCCCUGCUUCGAGAUGGACAGCUCAGCUUGCGCGACGCAUACAAGGCCAAGUUGCAGUCCGGACUCGUCAGUCUCGAAGAGGGAGUCGUUCAGCACUGGAGCUGGGACGGCCGCGUUGUUCUCGCAGGCGAUGCCGCCCACAAGUUCACGCCCAGUACGGCCGCGGGCUGCAACAACGGCAUCAUAGAUGUUGUGGCCCUCGCCAACGAGCUUCACAAGGCCAUCGAGCAAGCUCGCACUUCGUCGCAAGACCCAGAAGCCGCACCUAGCACGUCGCAGCUCGCCUCGUCAUUCCAGGCAUACCAAGAUGCGCGAUACCUGGCCGUUACGGAAGGGCGGAAGCUUGCAGGAAACGUCACGGCUAUGGCGACCUGGCAGACUGGCGUGCACAAGUUUCUGGAUCGCUUCGUAUUCUCUUUACAGUCGUUGCAGCGAUUCAUGUCCAACUAUUCAGCAUCCAGGAUCGCGCAGAUGCCUGUAUUCAACUUUUUAGAGGGCGAGGAAUAGAUAACCGGCAGGGUGCCAUAGGUAGUACCUAUCACACCCAAAGUCAACUAAGCCAGAAAGGAACCACUUCUCUUAAGUUUUUAUUGUAUUGUAUUAUAUUAUAUUAUAGAUGGAUUGUUGGAUUGUUUGGUAGAGGGUUUUAGACUGCCAUUUUCCGAUAGGGG